UCGUUCACAAAAUUCGUAAAUAAAGAUUAGUCUAGAGUGAACCACGACGAUAAGUAUAGAGAAAAAUAGUGUUCUGUAUUCUGGCAUCAGCUGUGACAUACGAAACUGGGCGAAGUUUUAAAUACUAAAACGGAUAUUUAAUGAUUUGUGCUCUUGUACCUUUUCGUGCUUUGGUAUUUAUAGGUCACUUGAAUAUGUAAGGAAUAGAAAAAGACAAACACAAUCGCGAGAGUUAGGAAUACGGGGCAAGGUGGUAAGGAUUGGAAAAUACAUUAGAAGAACAUGUAUAAGGCAUUGAGCAUUUAUUUCUGAAACUGCGUUCGUGGCUUAGCCUUAGGCCUAAUUCAUAGAGGCCUUAGAAAAAUCGGGACAAAUAAUACAAAAUCUAUGAACACAACGAAAUUUUCAUAACAAUCUGCAAAGUCACCAGCGGAGCCAUUGUUAAUAAUUAACAUAAUGUCGACCGAAUACAUCAAAACCACGGCCCCAACGGGAACGGGCGAUUUCUACCGACCGAGGGUUUACAUCAGCCGACAACUGCCCCAGAAGUGUCUGGAGAUGCUGCUCGGCCGCUGUAACGUCUCGUUCUGGGACUCCCCCGACCCCGCUCCCCGGACGGAACUGCUCGUGAAUGUACCCGAAAUUGACGUUAUCGUCUGCAUGCCGACGGAUAAGAUUGACCGAGAGGUUUUGGUCGCCGCCGGCCCAUCACUGAAAAUUGUGGCUACAAUGUCGGAAGACAAGGAACAUAUUGAUCUCUCCGAGUGUUUCCGAAGACAAAUCCGCGUCGUAACGAUCCCUUCAGAGCCAAUCGUAGAGGCGCUUACACAGAUAGUCAUGGCGAUGUUCCGACUGUGCGCUGUAAAGUGGAUAGACAGCUCGGCGAACAACUUCAACGUGAACGCGUUCCUUCAGUCCAGUGACAUCAUCGCCGCUCUGACGUCAGAUAGCAAGUUUUGUCUGGAGCUUAGUAACCGAACUGUGGGAAUCUUUGGGCUCGGAAAACUGGGACUCUCUGUUGGAACGGUUUUCCGUCGAAUUGGCGUGGCGGAGCUGUUAUACAAUGACGUCACAAGGAACGAGGAUGACGUCACGAUUGGCGCGACGUACGUGGACAGGAAUGAGCUGUUGAUGCGCUGUGACGUCAUCUUGGUGUGCUGGCACAUGAAAGUGAAUGGGAAGACAAUGUUUGUACUCAAUAAGGAGUCGUUUAAGAUGAUGAAGACUUCCGCCAUAUUGAUUGACGCUUCUAAGCAGUUUCCGGCCGACUACACGGACUUGUGCGAAGCGCUCCGAACGAAUACGAUAGCCGCGGCUGGAUUAGACAUUCGGGAGUAUGACGUCAUACCGAACCGUCACCCUCUCGAGGUUUUGACUAAUUGCUUCUUCUUGCCGUACCGGGAAUGCUUCAAGUGGGACGGGAGGAGACGGCUUUCAGUGGAUCUGGUUAGAGCAAUUUUGAGCAAUCUCCAACAAAUCGAGUUCGAUAAUAAAAAGAAAAAGCCUGACGUGAUCUCCAAUCUCCUGGCAACAAUUCCUACAUAGGCGCAAGUGAAGUUUUCAGUUUUCAUUCACUGGCGCUUUUCAUUGCCAUUAAUCCUCGAACUUAGAGACUCUGAAAGUUGGGUACGAAGUUAUGACUGGCGUUUUAAAAGUAAUGAUGUGAGAUUUAUAUACCUAACGAUUGCGGGUAUUUUUAUAAAAUAAAAAUUAAGAUAAAGAACUUAACUUUCGUCUGGCAAAACAGAUAAUUCCAGAAGUAUUUUAUACGCGAUGUGUGUAUUUGCACAUGGCUCGGCCUAAUUAAUCGAAAUUAUACAUUAUAUGAGAAGUUAAGAAAAUUAAGACACAUUUGUUUACUGAACAUGCAGAAUUUUUUUUUUUCGUAUUAAUGUGAAGUAGUUAUUAGUUUUGCUAGGCAGUAAUACAUAAACGACGGUGCUCGCUAUACGUUUGCAAUCACGUGUCGUAUUUUAACUUUGUUUCCAUUUAAAUUCAUGCCGCGAGAUGUGCAUUAUAAUUUAAUGGAUGCAUUGCAGUAAAGUGCUGGUACUAUAAAUAUGUACUUUUUAUUCAAUUAAGAAAACAGCGAUGAAGGGGCUAUUUUUAGCUCACCUGAGCACAACGUGCUCAUGGUGAGCUAUUGUGAUCGCCUUUUGUCCGUCGUGCGUCGUGCGUUGUGCGUCGUGCGUCGUCAACAUUUACCUUGUUAACACUCUAGAGGCCACAUUUAUUGUCCAAUCUUCAUGAAACUUACUCAGAACUUGUGUCCCAAGAAUAUCUUGGACGAGUUCGAAAAUGGUUCCGGUUGAUUGAAAAACAUGGCCGCCAGGGGGCGUGGCAGUUUUCCUUAUUUUAUACUUGUUAACACUCUAGAAGUCACAUUUAUUGUCUGAUCUUCAUGAAACUUUGUCAGAACAUGUGUCCCAAUAAUAUCUUGGACGAGUUCGAAAAUGGUUCCGGUUGGUUAAAAAACAUGGCCGCCAGGGGGCGUGGCAGUUUUCCUUAUACGGCUAUAGUAAAACCUUGUUAACACUCUAGAAGUCACAUUUUUAGUCCAAUCUUCAUGAAACAUUGUCAGAACAUGUGUACCAAUAAUAUCUUGGACGAGUUCGAAAAUGGUUCCGGUUGGUUGAAAAACAUGGCCGCUAGGGGGCGUGGCAGUUUUCCUUAUAUGGCUAUAGUAAAACCUUGUUUACACUUUAGAAGUCACAUUUUUAGUCCAAUCUUCAUGAAACUUGGUCAAAACAUGUGUCCCAAUAAUGUCUUGGAUGAGUUCGAAAAUGGUUCCAGUUGAAUGAAAAACAUGUCCGCCAUGGGGCGGGGCAGUUUUCCUUAUAUGGCUUUACUGUAUGGUAAAACCUUGUUAACACUCUAGAAGUCACAUUUGUGGUCCAAUGCUCCUGAAACUUGGUCAGAAUAUUUGAACUAAUAAUAUCUGGGCCAAGUUAAAAAAAAAUGGUUGAGAUCAGUUAAAAAACAUGGCCGCAAGGGGGCGUGGCAUUUUCCUUAAAUGGCUAUUUACUACAAAACCUUGUUAACACUCUAGAAGUCACAUUUAUUAUCCAAUCUUUAUGAAACUUGAUCAGAACAUUUGUUCUAACAAUAGCUUGAGUGAGUUUGAAAAUGGUUAUGGUUUGUUGAAAAACAUGGUCGCCAGGGGGGGGGGGGGGGGGGCAGUUGUCCUUAUAUGGCUUUAGUGAAAAUUUGUUGACACUAAGCCACAUUUAUUGGCCAAUCUUCAUGAAACUUGGUCAGAACAUUUGUCCCAAUGAAAUUUUGCCAGAGAUUGAAGCUGGGUCAUAUGAGCUCAAAAGCUAGGUCACAAGGUCAAAUAUAAAAAAAAACAUGUUAAAAGUCACUUUUUUGGUCCAAAAUAAUCUUCAUGAAUCAGCUUGCAUUUUUUUCAGAAUAGUCUAGUUCCUUUGGCUUUCAGGUGAGCGCCUUAGGGCCUGAUGGCCCUCUUGUUUAAAGUUUCUUUUUUAUCCUUGGCAGAGCAACCAUGAACCAAAAUAGCACCUCAAUUAAAAGUUAUUAUUUUAUGAACUUACUGAUACGUUUUGUUUUUGUGAUUGCUUUCGUUAGGAAAUUGUAAAGCUUUGUUUGUGUCGUGCAAUAACUUAGGUUUCAAAUAAGAGCUUUGACAAUGUUUAAAAUGAGUUUUCAUCCAUUGUGUGUCGCAUUUCAUUGUACAGUUAUUUUGAAGGGAUAUUUCUGUAUAUUAAUUAUAUAUUUUCCACCGGCACUUUCAAAUUGUUAAUUGGAGCAAAGGUUUAAAACGUUUGUUUGAAAGAGUGAAUUAUUAGCUUGCUAUCAUGUCUUGUUUUGAUAUCUUAUGUUUUUGUGUCAUGGUGAAAUCUCACCUGAAGGUGUAUUUUUGUGGAAAUUUCAUUUUAAUAUCAACUUGCAACAAUUUUAAAGGCAUAUUGUCUUUGCUAUUUUUUCACUUUUUUUAAAUUUGUUACUUUUUAUUGUUUAGAGUCUAGAUUGCGUGUCAGGGAAUGUCUGUGAUACCUGUAUACCGGUACAUGUAUUGACAACUGAACGUGUCAGGGAAUGUCUGUGAUACCUGUAUACCGGUACAUGUAUUGACAACUGAACGUGUCAGGGAAUGUCUGUGAUACCUGUAUACCGGUACAUGUAUUGACAACUGAAAGUUGUGCAAAUAUACUUUAUUUUUGUUAUAAAAGUAUCUUUUACUUUCGUUAUUUUUUGGAAAAUGUGAUAUGGUAUUAAUGUGUCAGCCAAAAGAUUCCUUAUUAAGAAUGGAUUUGAUUUUAUUCUUAAAGGGAUUAUGAAUGAAAUAAAAAUUAUGUAUGAUGAAAGCGGACUUGCGAUAUGCUGAACUUUUAAAUAAAAGACUUGUGUUUAAUUGUAUUUUUUCAAUAUUCACAAUUUCAACUUAUGAAAUGUUUAGUAAACUUUUGUUUCGUUUUGUUAAAUUUUAUUUAGUCACAUUGCGGUCACGUUGAAUCUAAUUUUUUUUAAUAUUUGCAUUUGCCAUCAACAUGCAUACUAAUUAAUGGCACGUGAGUAACCAUUAUUGUCUUAUCAACUUUUAUAAUUUCAAAUAUUAAAAUAUAUAAUCAAAAGCCACAUACAUGAUACUUAUUUGAUAGGAAUAUUUUAUUUAUGAAUAGCUGAUAGACCACAGCAGGUUGUUUUGUAAACAAAUAACACAACAAUGCUGUUGGCAAAUAACCGUUAACAUGGGGCCCCAAUUUUGAAAACUGUUGAAUACUGUUUGCCUUAAGUUAACAUUGUUCAGCAUACCUUGCUUAUUGCUAUUUAUCUAUGGAAUGUUUAAAAUAAUAUUAUGAGGAACUGUCUAUUUACUUUGUUUUCAAGUUUGUGUUGUCGUUACUGUGUUUUUUCUGUGGACUGGCUAUACAGAUUUUGACAUGUUAGUUAAUGAAAACAAUAGUUGCCUUACAAUACCAUAUCAAACGACAGUAAAGAAAAAACUUGUAACAGUGUUACAUUUACGUUCUUUAAAUGAGUGUCUGAUACAUAUAUGCUCAGUUGUUUUAUUGUAUGUAUAUUGAAUAAGCUAAAUGCUAAGCAUGUAGUCCAGUAACAUUACUUGAUUGUGUAUAUACUUUUUUAUUGUGAUAAUAAAGUUUUUGAUGAAAUAGUUCGGUAUUGUCUAAUAUAUGUGCACAUAUAUGAUAUGUUAUAAAAUAACAUGCCUUAAAUUUACACGUAUUUGUAAUUUGUUCAGCUAAAAAGUAGGACAUUUGAGGGAAUGGUGAAGUGAAAUUGUAAUUGUUCCUUGUCAAGAAUCUAUUACAAAAGUCUUAAUAUUCACUGUAUAUUCAUAAGAAUAUGUAGCAUUCAAAUACAAAUAUCACUGUUUAUUUUCACUUGCUGGGGAUAAGUUUUAACUUAUCUUUUGUUAUGUUUAUGCUUGUAACAAACAUUCAUUGCAGUUCUUCAUGAAAACCAUUGUAUUUUGGAAGAAAAAAAAGAUUUUGUGUGUGUGUAAAACACGCAUCAUAAAACCAUUUUAGUUAGGUACACAUUUUGGAAUGUUGAUGCAUGCAUAAAACCAUGGUAGUGUUUGAAAAGGUGAUGUCAUAAUGUUCCCUUACUAAAAUCAGUGUAGUGUGGUACAUAUUGUUAUAUUUCUAUCACAUUUGUACGCUCUUCAUUUUAUCUUAAACUGUAUGCUUACGUGAUAUAUAUGUUAAAUAGAUAAGCAACUGUCGGAAAUUGGUAACAAACGCUGUAAAUAAAUUAAAAUUUUGAUCAAUA